AUGAACGUGCUAAAUAGAGUUGGAAAUGCAUUGGCAAAGAAUACUUUGAAAUCUGAUGUACUUAAGAAGGAGCUAGUUUUACCUGAAUAUUUUACCAACACGAACAGUAUUAAGGAUCAUUCAAUUAGGGAAGUAAAGAGUUGCAUUACUAGGGAUUGUUCCAAAAAUGAAUAUGUUCGUAAAAAUAUUAAUUUAGUAGGACACAAUUCUAAUUUCCAAAAGAAGAUGAUACAAGAAUACCUAUCGCCAUUAUCAGCAUUGCCUUUGAAAAGACAUGAUAUUAACAAUGAUUAUAAUGUUUCUCAAAUUCAGUCUCUCAAGACAUAUUUAAAUGCAAUGAAACAGAAAGAAGAUCCUAGUGCCACAGUAUUUAAAAUCUCUAAACGAUUUGUCAGUGAUAUGAUAGCAUCAUUAAUAAAAUGCACACCUAAAUCAAUGGCAAUUGUAGAGGAUCACCAUACAAAAUUUGCAUAUAAACCUUUCACAUUUGAUGAAGUCCCACGUAUACCAGAUUUUGAAGUAUACCCUCAACAAUUUGCUCCAUAUAUUGGUCUUUUAACACAUACUAAAUUUUUAUAUAGGAAUUCUUCGAAAACUAAUGGUAUAAUACCAAAAAUACUGAGGAACUUGAUGCAUCCUGGAAACGUUAAAACUCUACAUUUAAGGUCUGCUAAUACAUUUAAUGACCUUAUUUAUUUCUUUGGUGGGAAGUCUGACUUUGCUACCUGUAGAGAAUUAUUCGUACAGAUGAAGUCUGAAGGAAUUUCACCAAAUACUAGGACAUAUAACUUAAUGCUUCGUAUAGCAUUAAAAUAUUCCAGUAUUCAAAAUGGUAAUAUACCUUCAUCCUCUGUAUUAUUCUAUUUAAAAAAUAUGAAACAAAAUAAUGUUGAUGCUGAUCAUGUCACCUGGGCAACUUGCUAUAAUUUCCUUCAAGAUGAUAUUUCAAGAGAUAUAUUUAUUGAACAAAUGAAGGCUAGAAAUAUACCAAUUCACACAAAUUUUUUAUAUUCAGUUCUAAGAAGUGGAAAUUACUCAUGUGCUGAAUCUUUGAAUUUCUUAACGAAAAAUUCCAUUCCAAUUAAUUAUAAAAUACUUGAUCUAUGUGUCAAUAAAUUGAUUCAAGAGGAUAAGGUUGGAAUCGCUUGGGAAUUAUUAAAUUUUACGAUGUGUAGAAAACCUAACGUUAAAAUUAAUGCUUCAGUAAUUAACAGAUUCAUUAGAUUAUUUGCAUCAAAAGGAAGAAUUGACCUUGCACUAAUGACAUAUAAUAAAUAUAUGAAACAGUCUGGUAUUUUGCCUGAUACGAAUACCUUUGAAAUGCUAUUUAAGUCAUUAGUUAACAAUGGAUACACAAAACAUUUUAUGUACACACUACAAUAUCUGAAGGACUUGAAAGAAGUAAAUGGCCUAGGUAAGUAUAAGACUUAUUGGGUCGUGAAAAGUAAUUCUAUUGCGGAGUUUAAUUGUAAAGUUGAGAUAGUUGACUCAAAAAUGGCUGGAAUUAAAACUAGAUUGGAUAAUUUAAGCUGGCCUAAGACUGGAUAUACAGAUAAUGUGUGGUUCAUUAGUGAUGCAGACACUAGAAAAAGUUUAAGACUCCUAGGCUGUAUUCCUGGGAGCUUUAAAAAAAAACAAUCGAAAGUGACGGAAACAUCAAACUCAACCUCUGAAGUAUCUAUUAAGAAACAACAAUACAGAGAUAGAAUAAAGAAAAUAGCACUCCAAAAUUCGUUCAUUAAUAGAAUUGAUUAUGCAAAGGGUUGGUAUGAAUCUUUAAGAAAUGAAUUAACGAAAAGAAAAAUUAUUUAG